CAUAUGGUGAGAAAAAUGAACGAAUCUUUGGUUUUACGGAAAAAAAGCUAUGAUUUUUGAAGAGAUUCAAAACAGACAUUACAGAUUAGGGUGCCGAAUAUCUGAUCGUUUUGCUUCUCUUCCUCAUCAUUUGAUGUCCUGGAUUUAGAGUCUGUCAUGUCCACAAAGGGAACGCCUUUGAUAAAAAAUUUGCAGCCCAAUCAGGGCAGUGAAGAGCGACAGAAUCAAUUGUUUUUCGGUAUUCAGCGCUGUUCUUAUUCAAUUUAUUCUUUUUAUCUGGAGUUUUCGGAGAGGAUAUAGCAGUCAUAGAGUUCGCAGGGCAAAAGGUUAGGGUUUUUGAUGGGUCGGAAGAAAGCAGGCGUGUCCGCAGGGGACGAUGCCCCUGCCGCUCAGAGCGGUAAAAGUAAAAAGAAGAAUCUGAUCGUUGAUGACGAUGAAUACGCGAUUGUCGAUCCAGUGGCUGACAACAACGCAGAUGCAGCUUUGGAGGAUGAAGUUUCUGCUUUGCUUAUAGGAAAAAAGAAGGCCAAGGGUAAGAAAAGUGCAAUUGAACAGCAAGAGCGUGAAUUUGAAGAGAUUAAGGAGAGCCUUCCAGAAGAGGAAGAGACUAUUAUUAGCUUUAGUGGUAAAAAGAAGGGGAAGAAGGGUAGUCAGAAGAAAUUUGAGGAGGACAGAGAGCCUUCUUUUGUUAAUGUAAAGGAGGAGGAUGAUAAUGAUGAUGAUGGUACCAUUGUUUUUUCUGGAAAGAAGAAGGCCAAAGGUAAGAAAAAUGCUUCGUUCACAACUUCAAUGCUGAAUGCUGGGAUUUUGGAUGAAGAAGAUGGGGAAGGAGAUAACUCAGUGGACAAUUUUACACUGGAGGAAAAACACGAGGACAGUGAAGUAGAUGAUGUAAUUCAAUUUACAGGGAAAAAGAAAGGGAAGGCAGGCAAAAAGACAGAGAAGAUAGUGGAAGGCAAUGCCAAUGCUAAUGCAAACGAUGAUGCCGUCGUGAUUGAUGAAGGUCAAAAGCAAGAAGGGCCUGCAAGUGUUCAAGAACCUCUACCUUCUACUGGUUCAGCUGUAUCCAAGAAACAAAAACAAAAGAAGAAAAAAAGUGGAAGAACUGCCGAGGAGGAGGAGGAUCUGGAUAAGAUUCUGGCUGAGCUAGAUUUAGGUACAGAAAAGUCCAAGUCUGCUGGGGCAGAUGAAGUGCCUAAAUCAGAGACCAUUGAAUCUGAACCAGCAAAAGAAGAAGUAGUACCAGAUGAAGUUAGUGCUGAACCUGAAGGGCCUGGGGAAUCAGCAGCAGCAAAGAAAAAGAAGAAAAAGAAAGAAAAAGAGAAAGAGAAGAAGGCAGCAGUUGCAGCCGCUGAAGAGAAGGGUGAAGCAGAGACAAAAGAGGAAAAAUCCAAGGAGGUUAAAGGAAAGAUUCCAGACAAGAAGGUCCCAAAACAUGUAAGAGAAAUGCAGGAAAGGUUGGCAAGGUUGAAAGAAGAGGAGGAGAGAAGGAAGCGUGAGGAAGAAGAGAAGCGAAGAAAAGAAGAGGAAGAGCAGCGUAGAUUAGAAGAAUUGGAAAGGCAGAAAGAAGAGGCCAAGCGCAGGAAAAAAGAAAGAGAAAAAGAAAAACUUCAGAAGAAGAAGGCAGAGGGUAAAUUACUAACUGGGAAACAGAAGGAAGAAGCUCGCAGGUUGGCUUUAAUGAGAGAGCAGUUCCUUGCCCAAAGUGGGGGUUUAUCUGAUCUCUCAAAGGAGGAGCAAACUGCUUCAGCACCCAAGAAGCCAAAGUACGAGACAAAGAAGAAAAAGCGUGGUCCUACUACUGCUGAUUCUGCAGCUUCUCAGCAGGCUAUGCUAACAGAAGACCAUGACAUCCAAGAUGAAGCUCCGCAAGAGGCAUAUGAUAAAGUAAAGGAAGAGGCCAGUGCAAUGAUAAUCGAGCCUGUUGAGAAUGAGGUUCACAUGGAUGUUGAGCAGGAGAAAAUGGAAACUGAAGAGGAAGAGGAAGAUGAUUGGGAUGCCAAAAGUUGGGAUGAUAAAGAUGUGGCUUUACAAGUUAAAAGUGCUUUUGCUGAAGAGGAAGAGAGUUCCAUAAGCAACAAAAUUAUCAAGAGUUCUGCUGGCCCUGCAUCUAAGUCUGUUGUAAAAAAUACAGCUGCUGCAUCUGUGCCUAAAUCAGCACCAAUGUCAAGUGUAGCAAAGACUGCCCCUCCCGUUAAACCAUCUUUGCCUGUAAAGCAGGUUGAACAAGUGCAACCGGAAAGUGAAGAAGACUCCGAAAGUGAAGAAACUGAGAGUGAAGAUGAAAACAUGGAGGAUAACAAGAGACAGGCAGCAUCAAGGAAGCGUGAGGAGAGGAAAGCAGAAGCACUAUUGAAAAGGAAUGCAGAUGAUUUGCGCUCGCCUAUUUGUUGCAUUCUUGGUCAUGUUGAUACAGGUAAGACAAAGUUGCUCGAUUGUAUUCGGCGAACAAAUGUGCAGGAAGGUGAGGCAGGAGGAAUCACUCAACAAAUUGGAGCCACAUAUUUUCCAAUGGAAAACAUACGGGAGAGGACAAAAGAGUUGAAGGCAGAUGCUAAUUUAAGGGUACCUGGUUUACUAGUAAUUGACACUCCUGGGCAUGAAUCUUUCACAAAUUUGAGAGCUCGAGGUUCUAGCUUAUGUGAUAUUGCGAUAUUGGUUGUUGAUAUCAUGCAUGGCUUGGAACCACAAACGCUUGAGUCACUAAAUCUUUUGAAAAUGCGACAUACACCCUUUAUAGUUGCCCUGAAUAAGGUGGAUAGGCUCUAUGGUUGGAAGGCCCGUCCAAAUGCUCCUAUAAGAAUGACCUUUAAGCAACAGUCAAAAGAUGUUCAAAAUGAGUUUGAACACCGGCUCACUCAGGUUAUAACAGAGCUCAAAGAGCAAGGGCUGAAUUCUGAGCUGUAUUUUAGAAAUAAAGAAGUGAAGAAAUAUGUCAGUAUUGUGCCAACUAGUGCGAUCAGUGGAGAAGGUGUGCCAGAUCUCCUUAUGUUACUUGUGCAGUUAACACAAAAAAUGAUGGAGGAAAGGCUUAUGUACAUCAGUGAAGUUCAGUGUACCGUCUUGGAGGUGAAGGUUAUAGAAGGAUUGGGAACUACAAUUGAUGUUAUAUUGAUAAAUGGUGUGCUUCAUGAAGGCGAUCAGAUUGUGGUCUGUGGAAUGCAGGGUCCCAUUGUAACAACUAUCCGUGCUUUAUUGACUCCACAUCCAAUGAAGGAGCUUCGAGUGAAGGGAUCUUAUCAACAUCACAAGGAGUUAAAGGCAGCACAGGGAAUCAAGAUAACCGCUCAGGGUCUUGAGCAUGCCAUAGCAGGAACUCAGUUAUAUGUUGUUGGACCUGAUGAUGAUUUAGAUGAUGUUAAGGAAGAAGCAAUGCAAGAUAUAAGCAAUGUAAUGUCUCGGAUUGACAAGAGUGGGGAAGGAGUUUAUGUUCAAGCUUCAACUCUUGGAUCUUUGGAGGCUUUACUUGAGUUCUUGAAGACCCCAGCUGUGAGCAUCCCGGUUAGUGCAAUUGGUAUUGGGCCUGUGCAUAAAAAAGAUGUCAUGCGUGCGAGUGUAAUGCUUGAGAAAAAGAAGAAAGAGUAUGCUGCAAUUUUGGCAUUUGAUGUCAAAAUUACUCCUGAAGCUCGGGAGCUUGCAGAUGAAGUUGGUGUCAAAAUAUUUGCAGCGGACAUUAUUUAUCAUCUGUUUGACCAGUUUAAAGCAUACAUGGACAAUCUUAAGGAGGAAAGGAAAAAGGAGGCUGCAGAAGAUGCUGUUUUCCCCUGUGUCCUGGGCAUUUUGCCAAAUUGUAUUUUUAACAAGAAGGAUCCUAUAGUUGUUGGUGUUGAUAUUCUUGAAGGCAUUGCAAGGAUUGGCACGCCAUUAUGUGUUCCCACAAAAGAUUUCAUAGAUAUUGGCAAAAUAGCUUCAAUUGAGAUCAAUCAUAAAGCAGUUGACAUGGCUAAGAAGGGUGAAAAAGUGGCCAUGAAGAUUGUUGGGAGCAACGCUGAUGAAGCACAGAAAAUGUUUGGAAGGCAUUUUGAAAUGGAGGAUGAAUUUGUGAGUCAUCUCACUAGAAGAUCCAUAGAUAUAUUGAAAGAAAACUACAGGGAUGAUUUGUCCAAUGAUGAUUGGAAACUUGUGGUGAAAUUGAAAAAGCUGUUAAAAAUUCCUUAAGCCACUACUAAUGAUGCAUUGUGGGAUGGAACUUUGGAUUGGAGCAAAACUCUGAUGAAAAUGGGAAGAUGCACCCUGCAACAUUACAAACACCACAUUCAGGAUUACAAAUGGUGAACUUUGUUGAUGCCAGAACAGGAGCUUCUGCUUCCUAAGUUUCUGCAUCCUAAGCUUCUUCUAUAUGUUUUGCUAUGUGGUUUAUGUGCUACCUAUCUGGCUACAAUAAGACAGUAAUGAAUUUCAGAUCCUCUCUAUGCAGGAGGGCAUUUGAAUUUCUCUGCUGUUUAGCUCGCUUUCUGAAAUUUAAUAGUCUGAAGGGGCAUGCAGUCUUGCCAUGCGAGAAAUGGAAGAGAUUGAUCCGAAGAGUAUAGAUUUUGUGUAAUGAUCUGUUUUAUGAACUCUUCAUGUAAUGAGGAAAAUAUCAUGAAAAUGUUGUUUUAAAUAAAAUCAUGUUUUACCACAAUUGUAUGAAACCAAAAAUAUUUCCAUUUUGAUGAUGCCAUACCAUAUGGUCUCA